AAUGAUAAAUGUUUCAGCAGCACCACGAUCUAUGUACGAUCAUUCGCGCGCUGGAUGCCUGCUUGUGUGCUUCAUUUUACCUGAUAUUAGUGCUGGUCUCUUUUUUGUUUGUGACAAAAAAAAAAAAAUUUUUUUUUUUUUUUUUCGUUACAACAUUAACCAAGGACGGACAACGAUUCUCAUUUCAUGUUUUGUGUAUUUGAGUGUGUUGUUGUGUGACUCUCACCGUUCUUCUUUAUUCACAUUUGAUUGCUCUCUGCUCUUGCUUGUUCAUCAUCAUCAUCAUCAUUUUUACAACAGAUAUGUUUUGUAUUUGAACUCACUCACUUUGUCGUGUUGUAUUUUUGUGUGUGUGUGUGUGUAUUCUGCGAUUGUGCUAAAAGUGUCUUCUUUCCAAACAGAAACACAACGUUUUUGUAUGAGCCUUGUAUUGUUAUUGUAUUAUAUGUAUUUGUUUUUACAGUGUGUUUCCUGUUGAAUUCUCCCCAUUGAUAAAACGUUUUGUGAAUGUGAAAGUUUCUUCCCCCCAUUUAUUUAUUGUGUGGAUUGAAUUCAUCAUCAUCAUCAUCAUCAUCAUUAUGAUGGAAUGAAUGUGCGUUUUGUUUGUGUUGUGUGUAUUGGAUUCUGUAUGGACCAUUCGUCCAAAAGAAAAACGUGUUUAAGCAAUUAAUUUAACAUCAUCAAUUUGUUUCGAUUUAAUAAUUGAACAUCAUCAUCAUCAUCAUCUUUUGCCACCCAAUUCACACACGCAACAAACUUUUAAUUGUCCGUUUUAUAAACCUCGUCUUCGUUAUAAUCGGGUUUUUUUUCUUCUGCUCAUCAUUAUUAUCAUCAAUUCCAUAUAGUCAACAACAACAACAACACUCAAUUAUAAAAUCAUAUCAAAUCGUAAUAUUGAUACGCACAAAUAGUCAAACACACACACACACAAAAGUUGAAUUGAUUUGUUGUUGAAUUUUUUUUAAAUUCCAUGUUAACAACACGCUUCGAUUUUAAUUUUUGUUUUUGUCGUCAUUAAUUUUCAUCUCCAUCUUUCGUCAACGACAUCAACAACAAUUAUCAAAUCUUUUGGAAAGAUUAAUCAUUGGAAUUGAAUAGCCAACAUUUUUUCAUCUAUCCAAAUCGACAACAACAUUAUUAUCAUCAAUUGAUUGAUACGGUGUGCUGCAAAUCUGCAUUUUGCAGAUUUUGUGCCACUGAAUUCGUGUCAACACCAACCACCACCACUGUCCAUCUAACAACUGGACAUAUCUUUUUUUUUUUUUUUUUUUUAUUUCAAAUGUGAAUUUUGAUCUCUUUCUCAGGGAAUUUCGAUGAUUUUUCCGUGUCAUUUGAGAAAGCAGUUUAGAACAAUUCAAGAUAAUUGCGAUCCAAAAAAGACCAAAGUUGUUAUAUAAUAAUUUUCUAAAGCGCAAACAGUGAACAAAAGAAAAAAAAUCUUGAAUUGCCGAAUUCAUGAAACUAAAAAUGCAUGAUGAGAUAAAUUCGAUGGACAUUUCGAAAAAGAUGCUUGAAUUAACGACCAUCCCAUUUUCACCAAUGAAUCCUUCAAUCCCCAUGAAACGAAAGUAUAGCUCUUCUAAUCAUUUUCGACCUCAUUUGACAUCAUCAACAUCUGACAUGUCGAAUGAAAGUUUAAAUAAUGAACAGAAUUUGGAUGAUUGUGAAGAGGAAGAUGAUGACAAUUCACGUGCAUCAUCGAAUCUUAAUGAACAUGCCAAUGAUGAAAUCAGUAGUUUGAAAUCAGAUUCAUCAUCAGUGAUGGCUAACACUACAACAACAAUUAAUCUUCCAUCACCACCAUCAUCGACACGAUCAUCAUUCGAUGUUGCCAUCCAUAGAGAUUCGUUUCUAUUAUCAAAUGGUGAUAUGUCCGAAAAUAAUUUCGAUCAUUCUCAUGCUACAAGUAUUUUCGGUGAUAGUUCUGAUGUUGCAUCUCAUGAUGAUGAUAUGAUUGAGGAGAUCUCUAUGAAAAGUUAUGAUGAAAAUUUAGAUGAUGAAAUUAAAUUGAUCACUGAAGAAUUGAUUGAAAAUGUCAUCGAUGCAUCUGAAGAUGAUGAUUGGAAAUCGAUUACGAUUGAUUUUGAUGGUGAAACAAUCUUACCGAAUGGUCUUCGUUUGAUAAAAGGCAUGGCCGACAUGAUCUUCUACAGGGAAGAUGAUAGUAUACCUUAUCGUUUUACGAAUCAAUUAAAUUUUCUGAAGACCAUUCUAACCAAAUACAUUUGCCGCUAUAAAACGGCUGUGCCAUUCUUGAAUCCUGUCGAUAGUGUCCGUCUCAAGAUUCCUCAUUAUUAUCUAGUUAUCAGAAAACCAAUGGAUCUAAAUACAGUCAAAAAUCGACUCAAUUUUCUUUGGUAUCAAUCUGCUAGUGAAUGUAUCAGUGAUAUCCGUCAAAUAUUCAAAAAUUGUUAUAAUUUCAAUGCUCCCACCGAUUAUGUUUAUUCUGCCGGCAAAAAAUUGGAAGAAUUUUUCAAUGAAAAACUAAAAGAUAUGCCUCUUGUGGAAGAAGAAAUUCCCUGUCCACCAAGACAAAACAUUGAAGAAUUUCAAAAAUUGAAUGAAAAACGCAGCUCGAAACGUCGAAGUGGAUCAUUGUCAGAUAGUAUCGAUGGUCAGACUCCAUUUCCGAUUGGUGAAAACAGUUUGGUUGGACCAUUCUCACCGAUCAAGAUGACAACACGUAGUGAGAGAGGUGUUAUGGUUCGUAAACCAAGUAAAGAUUUACCAGCUCCAAUUUCUACGCCUCCUGUGAAACAACCUACAGUGAGAAAAGUUCCAUUGAACAAACCAUUGAGCGAGUGUUGUAAAUUUGUCAAAGAAUUGUUCACCAAGAAACACGAAAAUUAUGCUUGGCCAUUCUGGAAACCGGUUAAUCCAAAUGAUUAUCCUGAUUAUUUACAAAAAAUUAAAAAACCGAUUGAUCUUUCAACUAUCAAAACGAAUAUUCAAUCGGGAAAAUAUACCACUGUGGAUGAUUUCGCUAAAGAUAUGAGAUUAAUGUUUUCAAAUUGUUUACGUUAUAAUCCACCAGAAUCUCCCAUCAUCGAACAAGCCAGACAACUUAGGGAAGCAUUCGAAUAUCGAUAUGCACAGUUUCCAGAGGAUUAUUUGAAAGAAAAAUUGAUUGUUCCAAAACACAACAGUACUCCAUCCAUUUCGGUGCGACAUAUGCCUAGUGCCUCAACAUCAUCAAGUCAUCAUCAUAUUUCUGAUUCAUCGAAUUCAUCAAGCAAAUCUCAUAGUGGCAAAAAACCGAAAUUAGAAACAAAUAAUAAGAAAAAUAGUCUCAAAAGUCGUGUCUCUCAACAUGAAUCUGGUCAUUUGUACAGCCCUAUCAAUGUUUCAAUGAUAGCCGAUAGACAUAAUGGCAAUACUAAUGCAGAUAAUGAACCUGCCAGUGAAGAUCGUAUGAAAAUGCUUGAAUUUCAAGUAGCAUGCUUGAGAGAAGCUCUAACAACGGCAUUAUCUCACAAUCCGGAAGCUACAGCUGCCACUGCUCUUCUCAACGCAAUCGCACCAAAUGCUAAUGGAAUUAAGAAUGGAAAACUUUCCAAUUCAAAAAAGCCAAGAAAAAAUGGCUAUAAAACUAAAACAAAUAAAAGGUUGUCCCAAAAAUCUUCAGCAAACAAGAAACGAAAACAUUUAUCCUCUGACGAGGAGGAUGACAAUUCUGAUUCUGAUGUUGAUGAUUCCUAUCAGCUUACUGAACCAUUCAAUCCUGAAAGUAUUGAUGAUCUUAAAAAACUGAAAAAAGAUCUUGAAAAUCUUCAUGCAACCGAUUUGCAAAAUGUUCUUCGUAUUUUGCAAUCAACCGAACCAUCGUUGAGAUGUGAUGAUGAACAAAAUGUUGAAAUCGAUUUUGAAGCACUGAAACCAAAGACAUUGAUAGCGCUCAGAAAAUAUGUCACUUCUUGUAUGCUAAAUAGCAAUAGUAAAGCAUCGCCAUCAAAUCCUGGCAAAAGUGGUAAUAAUAUACCAUCAUCAGCCGCAUCGUUAACGAAUAAAAACAGCAAAAAAUUAUGCCGUGCAUCUUCAUCAAACAAUUUUGAUACUGACUGUGAUAAUUCAAUUCAAAACAAUUGGUCACGUGCUGAUUCUAGAGCUUCAAACUUACAACUCAGUGAAAGUAGCAGUGAUAGUGAAUUGGACUAAUGAUUAUUAUUAUUAUUAUAUAAUAUAAAACACAAACAAUUCAACAAAUAAGUGAAAUAAUGGAAUAAUAUAAUUCAUUCAAAAAGUAUACAAACCAUUUUCUAUUUGCAAAAUGAAGAAAAGUGAUUCAUCAAACAUGUGUAAAGAAUUUCAUCCGGAAAGCAAUGUUUGUCAUCUUUUCCAGAAUUGGUUUAUGGUGUUGUGCUCUAUCUUGUUAAUGGGGUUGGUGGUAGUGGUGGUGGUUAUAAGUGUGAUUCAAGGACAAUCGACUUUUUAACAAAAAUUGGCCGCAACAACAUUUUUGUUUUGGUGUCUGGGAUCAAGAAGAAAAAAAAUCGUUCAAAAUAUAUCUAAAUUAUAGUGUGAUAAAAUGACAAACAACCUGAUGGAAUAAUUGAAACCAAAAAAAGAAAUAAUCUCAUAUCAAUAGAUUAUUGAUUGAUUGGAAUCAUCAUCAAAUGAAGAAAAGAAAAAUUACAAACUACUACAUGUGUCCACAUCAUCUUCACAAUAUAAUAAAUAUAUAUAGAUCAUCAUUUAGAUUGUAGUUUAUAACAUUAUUACAUCAAACGCUGAUGAUGAUGAUUACGAUGAUGAUGAUGAUGAUGAUGAUGGGUGUGUUAUCUAUUUUUUUUCU